UCCAUCUUCUCUUUGUUCUAAAUCCAUCAAUAAUCAGUGAAAGUCUGUCAGUGAAGGUAACACUUCAAUCCUCCAGCUGCAUUUGAUCAAGCAGUUUGACUAGAAGAGAAUCAAGCAGAGCUCUGACAGCACAGAGACCAUCAUGAGACAGAAACCUGUAGAGAUGGAGUUUAAAGACUCCCAUGUUCCAGUUCUCAGUGUGUCUCACUGCUCCUCUCUUUCCCUCUCUGUCUCCUCAGCAGCAACAUUUGUAGUGAAUGUGACACAGAGCUCCUAUCAGGCAGAGGAGAACCACAACAUCACUCUGGAGUGGACCUUCACCACCAGACCCAGCAGAACCAGGACCAUCUACUGCAGCGUGUUGACUCUUCCCAGAGAAAUAGUCCUCUAUCGGGUACAUGAAGAUGUUGAAGAGUCAGAGUUUAGUGAUGAACACUUUAAAGGACGAGUCCAGAUGGACAAAGACGUCCUCAGAGAAGGACGGAUCAGAUUCCAUCUGUCCAGACUGAGGACUGAAGACUCUGGACUCUAUGUGUGUAACAUCAGGACUGACUAUGGGAGGGGCUCUGCAGACUGCAACGUUACAGUGACUGAGUCGGUUCCUCACAGAAGCCUCAUCAAUCCGACCCCACAGGAUGAACCCAGCAGUUCUGAUGGUCGGUCCAGACUGCUCCUCAUUUUCCCCUUGAGUUUCUUCAUCGUUUGUCUAAGUUUACUCAGCCAUAGAUUGAAAGACAAACAAGAAUUUGGCUGAAUCCUCUGUCUUGCAGUUUUGGCUGCUUUGUUCAAGGGCAGACUAGUGUUUAUUUAAAUGGGAGCUCCAUUCAUUCUUCUCUACUGCAGACGUUAAAGGCUCAGAUUCAGCUUAGAAGCUGCAGCAUCCUGGAGAUGGACACAGUGUUCAGGAUCAGUCAGAGGCCUUUCAAUGGAACCAGGUGACCCUGCAGCUGGACUGAUAAUGAGGGGUUAUCAGGUAAUAAAGGUAAAA